AGACUGACUGUAAUAAUGGCGUGGAACAAAGCUCUGCUGAUCUGCUCUUUGGUGGCCACAGUGGCCACCAAACCACUGGAUGUGGACUGCACUCACCGUCAGGAUUUUCAAACUGUAAGAGGAUGCUGUUCUUAUCCCACAUUAAGAUUCGAGCAGUUUAGAAAACAAUGUGGUAGAUAUAUGCCAACUGGAUCUCCCAAAGUAUCACCGUGCCUUUAUGAAUGCAUCUUCAAUGCAACCAAUAUCCUUAAGGACUCUUUACCAGACUCCGCUAAUACGCGUGCCAUGUUGGAGACACUGCUGGGCAACAACCAGGACUUUGUGGAGGCCUAUCUAGAUGGGAUGAUGAACUGUUCGGAUACCGUGCAGGAUAUGAUGAAGCAUCGAAGACCCCGUCAUUCCGGCGGAACAGAUUACUGCUCACCGGUGGCUGUUUUUUACGGAAUAUGCACCCAGAAGUAUGUCUUCAACAACUGCCCAUCGUCCAGUUGGUCCGGCUCAGAGUCAUGUGAGAUGGCCCGAUUGGAGAACCUCAAUUGCCCGAGUGCGCGGCAAUCACGUGGUGCUCGUGCUGCUAUUCGAAACCUGUGAUCCCUGCAAUUUGCAGUAAUAAAACUUAAAAUGAG